GCAACACAAACAAAAAAAAACUAAAUUUGAUUUUUAAUACUAUUAUAUAAUUAUUAUUUUUGCAAUAUAUAACAUGUCAGUUCAUAAAAUUUUCCGUUUCCAUGUUCUAUCUUUGACUAAUAAGAUGGCAUAAAAUCUCUUUUUCUUGGUCAAGGUCAUUAAAUCUAUUAACUUCCACGAAAGAAAAUAAUUCGUAUUCACCUAAAACUAAUUAUUUCCAUAUACAAAAAAAUACAAAAAGUAAAAAAUCGAAUCACAAUCUUUUCCAUAUUAAAUAGAUUAAAAUUCAAGCCUUACCUCUAAUUGCAACAAAAUCUCACUUCGUUGCGUUACGUAUCAACCACCCAUCACAUCUUCCAGUCUUUUCUCAAAAUCUCACUUCCUAAUGAUUCAUCAAACUAUUUACAAUGUGUCAAUUGCAUUGUGUCUUUGCACUCUUUUCGCGUUUGUUUUUUCUGAUAGCCCAGAAGCAAUGAGAGAUCUCGUUACGGAUUUGCCUGGUCAAUCUGGUGUGAGGUUCAGACAUUACGCCGGCUAUGUCCCGGUUGAUAAAAAACAUGGAAGGGCUAUGUUUUAUUGGUUUUUCGAGGCUAUGAGUCUUCCAAACCAGAAGCCUUUAGUACUGUGGCUUAAUGGAGGGCCUGGAUGUUCUUCUGUGGGAUACGGAGCAACACAAGAGAUUGGUCCAUUUCUUGUGGAUAACAAAGGAAACAGUCUUCAAUUUAAUCCCUAUGCAUGGAAUCAUGAGGCCAACAUUCUGUUUCUAGAAUCCCCUGUUGGUGUCGGGUUUUCGUAUUCAAACACAAGUAGUGACUAUAAAAAGAUCGGCGAUGAAUUUACAGCGAGAGACGCAUACUCCUUUAUUCAAAAUUGGUUGGAGAGGUUCCCAGCUUACAGAGAAAACAAUUUCUAUAUAGCUGGCGAGAGCUAUGCAGGAAAGUAUAUACCGGAGCUUGCAGAGGUCGUUUAUGACAAGAACAAUGAAAAUUCCUCACUUCAUAUCAAGCUUAAAGGCAUUCUGCUUGGAAAUCCUGAAACAUCGGAAGCCGAAGAUUGGGAUGGAUGGGUGGAUUAUGCAUGGAGCCAUGCAGUAAUAUCAGACGAGAUGUAUGGAGUCAUAAAAAGAAAUUGCAAUUUCAGUAGUAAAACUACUUGGGAUGUUAAAGAAUGCAAAGACAACGUAGACGAAGUAGUCAAACAAUAUCACAAAAUUGAUCAAUACAGUCUCUAUACUCCUACCUGUAAUGGAAAUUCAACGCCUAGUUCAUCCCUUGAUUCCACGAGAUUCAGGACUAAUCUUCGCAAUUCCAAAAUGAUGCCGAGGAUGAUGGGCGGAUACGACCCGUGUUUGGAUGAUUAUACGAAAGUAUUCUACAACAGAGCAGAUGUCCAGAAAGCUCUUCAUGCAAGUGAUGGUAUUCAUCUAAAGAAUUGGAGCAUUUGCAACGAUGAUAUUUUUGAUAAUUGGACGGAUUCAAAGCCCUCAGUUUUGCCAAUAUAUAAGAAAUUAAUCGCGGGAGGAUUUAGAAUAUGGGUUUACAGCGGCGACACAGAUGGAAGAGUUCCCGUACUCGGGACAAGGUACUGCAUAAACAAGUUGGCAUUACCCAUUAAGACGUCGUGGACGCCAUGGUACCACGAGAAACAGGUUAGUGGAUGGCUUCAAGAAUACGAAGGUUUAACUUUUGGAACGUUCAAAGGAGCAGGACAUGAUGUGCCUUCCUUCAAACCCAGCGAGUCGCUUGCGUUUUUCUCCGCCUUUCUCAAAGGAGUUCUUCCUGCUUUAUCGCCGUAAUAGAGAGAAAACAUUUGUAUUGAAGAUUUCAAUAAUAAGCUAAUUAAUAAUAUAUUUUUAAUAUUUUUGACACA